GGGUAGGAAGAAUUGAUUCACAUUUCAGUUAGCUGGUAGUUAAAUUGUUAACUUUUGGAUCCAGUCAUCAUCUGGCGGAUUUUAAGUCCUACUACACAAAACUUGGCAGCUUUGUAGGUUAUAAUAUGGUUGGUAUCUGAGAGCAGGAGGGUGGAGUAAAAUUGUCCUGAACGGCCUGGGUAAUUAUAUAGCAAAGGCAGGAUGAGUUUGGAUCUAAUGUCCCUGUAGAACAGGCACCAGAGGAGCACAUGCUCAGUUGCUUCUAUUUGACCCGAGUUGCAGGGGCAGAGUCUCUCUGGGUAAGGGGGUCUUCUAGUAUCGGCCCUGGAGUACAGCUGAUGGAAGGGCGUGACAUAUGUCACUACAUAUGUCAUACUAUAUGUCAAAUCAGUAUCUGUGUUUGGUGGAAGUUUUUUAUUUGUGUUUUUAUCUAUGUAAGUUAUUGUACACAUUUCAUGUUCAUAUAGUAUCAUAUUGUGUCAAUACAAUGCAAAUAGGAGCCAUAGUAUCGCAAUGGGUUAAACCCUUGUGCCAGCUGGACUGCUGACCCAAAGGUUGGGAUGCUGACCUGAAGGUUGCCAGUUUUAAUCAGCAAGAUGGGGUGAGCUCCUGUCUGUCAGCUCUAGCUUGUGGGAACAUGAGAGAAGCCUCCCAGCAGGAUGGUAUCACAUCUGGGCGUCCCUUGGGUAACGUCUCUGUGGACAGCCAAUUCUCUCACACCAGAAGCUACUUUCAGUAUGUUCUCAAGAGGGUUCUGACACGAUUUUUUAAAAAAUACAAUGCAAAUCAAAACUCACGAUUCAAAUAUAUUUAAAAGCUGCGAAUGGGAACAUGUGAGCAUGUCUGAGUGUAAAUGAAUGCAGAAUAACCACAAGGGAAUUUCACUGGGAAAUCUUGUCUCUCGGGAUGUAUCGCUAGCACUUUCUGCUAGGAGGACUGGCUGCCCAAUGAUGGAAGGAAAGAAGGAAGGGAAGAAAGAAGGAAAAAGAGGAAGAGAUGGAUGGAAGGAAGGGAAGGCUAAAGGAAAAAGAAGGAAGGAGAAAGAAGGAAAGAGGAAAGGAAGAAGGAAAAAGAAGAGGAAGAGAUGGCUGGGUGGAAGGAAAAGAGAAAGGAAAAAAGGAAGGAGAAAGAGGGAGAGAGGGGAGAAAAGAAGGGCGAAAGGAGGGAAGGGAAGGAUGGAAGGAGAAAGCGAGGGAAGGAAGGAACGAAAAGGUGGGAGAAAGGGAGUUAAGGAAGGGAGGGAAGAGAGGAAGGACGGACGGACGAAAGGGUGGAAGGGAAGGAGAAAAAGGGAGGGAAGGAGGAAAGAAAGAAGGAUAGGAUGGUGUGAGAGAGGAGGGCCUGAGAAAAGAGCCCAAGGGGGCGCAUCCGGUCCCGGGCUUCCCCAUUCCUGGAUUAGAUAGACGACCAAAUGUGGGAGCAAACGAGAGACAAAAAGCCCUUCAGGAUCGUGGUAUUUUAUCUCCUGAACACGAACGUGGGUAAGGCAUUCUUCAGGGCUCAUAGCAAACUGUCCCCAAAAGUAUAGAUUGGAUACUAUGUGCCAUUGAGCCCUGCAGGAAUUACUCAAGAGGAAAUGCGUCCCAGGAAAUAACCGCGUCCCGCUUUAAGACUCUCCCCAAAAGUUGUCUUACUCUCAAGUACCAAUAAGAGGUGUUUCACAUUCCCGCGUUUUUCCUUACAUUGCGCGCAAUGGCAAAUCUAUAUCGCGGAGGGUUUCAUUUAAAAUCCAGUCCUAGACCCGUAUCGCUGAUGUCAAAGAAAUGUCAAGCGCGCAUAUUUUUGUCAAUGAACGCGCCUUUCGAUCGUGUCCAAUGCCUGGUCUCCUCUCCAGGCUGGUGUGACUUCUGAUUGGUUCUCCUCCAGACGUUGGUGUGAAACACCCAAUGGACGCUAGGGAUCGACUCGCCCAAUCAGGAAGAGCCCAAGCGUUCGAGUCGAAAAGAAUUUAACUUUUCAGCCAAUAGGAAAGCAGCACUACAAUCCUCUCAUUUGCAUACAGGCUGAUAUAUAAAGCGCCGCCGUGGCUAAUCUCUCUUUGUUGGGGUGGAAGCUUGUCAAGAUGCCGGAGCCUGCGAAGUCGGUGCCGGUCUCGAAGAAAGGUUCCAAGAAGGCGGUGACCAAGACCCACAAGAAGGGGGACAAGAAGCGCAAGAAGGUGAGGAAGGAGAGCUACUCCAUCUACGUUUACAAAGUGCUGAAGCAGGUCCACCCGGACACGGGCAUCUCCUCCAAGGCCAUGAGUAUCAUGAACUCUUUCGUCAACGACGUCUUCGAGCGCAUCGCCGGGGAGGCCACGCGCCUGGCGCACUACAACAAGCGCUCCACCAUCACCUCUCGCGAGAUCCAGACCGCGGUGCGGCUCUUGCUGCCGGGCGAGUUGGCCAAGCACGCCGUCUCCGAGGGCACCAAGGCCGUCACCAAGUACACCAGCUCCAAGUAAGGCCCCCCGAGAAGGAAGGAAGGAAGGCAGGCCGCGCACUGAACCCAAAGGCUCUUUUAAGAGCCACCCACCGCUUCAGGAAAGAGCUGGCGUCACCUUCGUUGCUGUUGUGCCUUCAAGCUAAUCAUGAG